AUGAAUAAAAUGGGCGCAACUAUCGAAGUCACCACACAACUGCUGCAAAAUCACAUUCGAAAUACGUUGGAGAAAUUUGCAUCGCUGUCAGCGAUGGCCAAUGCUCCGAUGAUCACUUAUUUCACUGAACAACUGUGGAAAACACACAUUCCGACGGAAAUUCAACAGGAAAUUCAAACAAAAGAUGAUAUCAACGAUGCAGUUGAGAUUUAUUGGCAACAUUUGAAUGCAGACCAGGGUGAGAAUGCGACCAAUGACAAAUUCAAACACUUUCGAGCAUUUUUGACCAGCAACAAACAGUUUCAUUUGGAUAAUUUGGACGAUGUUUGGGUUUCGCCGGAGAAAUUACGACAGAUUUUUGAUACGGAUUGCAGCCGAACAUUACCCAUCAAGGGAUUUAUGUCCGAUAAGAAAAAUCAUGAGGUGCAUAUAACCGCAGAUGUCAUCGCAAAUAUGUGCGCGUCAAUGCGAGAUCAAAAGGCACUUGGUGUGAUUGAUGCUGGAGAUGGAAAGGGCUACCUAUCGACAAGACUAUCACUGGAGCAUAAUAUCAAAGUGCUUGGAGUUGAUUACAAUCCCGGCAACACUCUUGGUGCAAUGUUGCGGUCUGAGAAACUAGAGCGUUAUUGGGGCGGUAUAAAAACUCGUGCGGAAAAAACUGUAUCCAGUGACGUACCCCUGGAGAAGCAAACGCGUCGAAAGCGAAAAGAGCGUCGAGCAGCGGCCAUGCAACAGGAUAUCGAGCCCAAGACUCCUGUCGUCAAUGAAAACUACAAGAAUGUCACGCAUUUCAUUACACCUCAAACCGAUUUCAUUGGAUUGUUCAGUGAAAAUUUCGGCAUUAAAACAAAAGAAGUGCCUGGCUUAUGUUUGUCUGGUCUUCAUACGUGUGGAAAUUUAGCGCCAUCAUGCCUGCGAAUAUUUACUGAAAAUCAGCAAAUUGUUGCCGUAUGUAACAUUGGAUGUUGUUAUCACUUGUUGUCCGAACAGUUCAGUACAUUCGUGUACCGGGUAAUCAGACGUGAACGAAGCCCUGAGUCCAGGCCUCGUAAAGUUUGUGAGCGGCCCGAAGAGGAUCCAAUGAAAGAAACAUUCGGAUUUCCAAUGAGUCAGUAUUUGAUUGAUCAAAAGACGAUACUUGGUCGAAAUGCUCGGAUGUUGGCUUGUCAAACGGUGCACCGUGUGGUCGAUAAAAAAGAAUUGCCAAACGCUCAUUUGUUCUACCGUGCAUUGCUUGAAGUGUUGAUACAACGGAAAUGCCCCGAGUUCGUGGGUCGCAUUGAAGUUGGCCGAAUGAAACAAUGCUACACUUUUGCCGAAUAUGUACGAAAGUCGGCCAAACGUAGUCCAGCUCUGCAGUUUGAUGAUGUCACCGAUAACGAAUUGACGGAACUUCAUAAUGAAUUUCGAAACGAAGAACGAUUUGUGGAUAUUUAUCAUUUGAUGCGCGUUUCAAUAGCGGCAAUUGUCGAAAAUGUAAUUCUACUCGAUCGAUUUUUAUAUUUGAAAGAACAAGAACAUGCCAGCGAUAUGUCAUAUUUGGUGAGAUUUUUCGAUCCAGUUGUCUCGCCCAGAUGCUACGGAUUGAUUGCGAUGAAACAUUUUAGAUAAACAUUCUCGGAGGGAAAAGUGAUUUUUUGUAAUUAUUUAAAAAGAAAAACCACUUGAUACAUUCAUGUUGAUAUUAUUGAUCAAUUGUUGAAACAUAUGAAAAGAAAAUUAUUUUUGAAUGAAAAAAUAAAAUAGAACACGAUUUUUAAAACAUAAA